CAACGGUGCGCCGUGUACGCCCGUGUAUCAAUCAUUCAACCAAUCUGAAAAUCUGAUUCAAUUGCGCCCAAUUUUCAUGGCUUCCACAGCCUCACUUCUCGUGCCAACUCUUCCAGUCCGCUCUCCUUCUCGCAAGCCGCGCAGUUCUAGAGCUUCUCCCGCGGCUCUCACCGGCCGGAGGCAGUGGCUGCUGCUGCUCACCGCUACGACGUCGCUGAAGGGCACGGAGCUGCCGUCGAGAGCGGAAAAAAUCGGCCUGUUCGGCGUCAGGAAAAGGAUAGAGAAGCUGGAGGAGGAAGCGGAGCUGCUGGUUGAAGAAGGUUUUGAGACGGCGGAAAAGGGCAUUCAAGCCGCAGAGAAGGAGAUCGAAGCGGCCGUGAGUUUCGGAGCUCUGGCGCAAGCUGGUGUGGUGGCUGGAGCAGAAUUGAUUGGAAUUCUGAUCGCCACUUCCGUUGUUAACGGAAUUUUAGGGCCUGAAGCUAAAAAAUCGUGAUUCGUGAGGAUUGUCUUUGCAAUUUUUUGUACGGAGUAUUUAUUUAGAGCCCGUUUGGAGAACUCUGUUUUCGGCUUAUCAGCCAGCUUUUUCAUCAAACACAUAAUUUUUACUUUCGCGCGCUGAAUUGUGUAAUAAGCCGAAAAAGUAAGGUUGGAGUUACUUUUCUGGCUGUAUUGGCUGAAGUUACUGUAGAGGACCAUUUUAGCUAUUUUUACAUAUAAUUUUUUCUUUAAUUUAUUAAUAAAAUAUAUUUUUAAAAUAUUUUUUUCUUAAAUCAGCAGAAUCAGCCAAAACAGCCACUCCAGCCAGAAUAUCAUAAAUUUCAACAGAAUCAGCCAAAACAGCCGAUUUUGGUGCUACCAAACGGGCUCUUACUCGCAUCAUUGUACUCCCAUUCCACUUCAUUGCUAAGAAAUUUCAUUGAUACUGGUUACAUUUUCUAGUUUUUUUAUCCAUAUAUUUGUGAUAUAAACCUGUGUUUCAUUGAAAUAGUUACUCUA